CCGAUCUCCGGCGAGCGCGCCGGAGCAAUCUGCAUGUGGAGCGAAGCGCACGGUCAACACUCGAUUCAAAACUAUCGACAUGUCCGCCUUUCACUGCCACCAUUAACAACCGUUGAAGGCUCUCCAUAUAUAUAUACAUCUGCAUUCAUUAGACCUAGUUUGUAAAUUGUAAUCCACUAUCUCCUCCAUCUACAUUUCUUCCCUAACCUCUCUGCAGUUUCUACAUCAGUAAACAUGGUUAAAAUUGGAAUCAACGGAUUUGGAAGAAUCGGCCGAUUGGUGGCGAGAGCUGCUCUACAGACCGAUGAUAUUGAACUUGUCGCCGUUAAUGAUCCUUUUAUUACUACCGAUUACAUGAUCUACAUGUUCAAAUACGAUAGUGUUCAUGGCCAAUGGAAAAAACAUGAUAUCAAAGUCAAGGAUUCGAACACUCUUCUCUUUGGCGAUAAGCCUGUUAGAGUUUUUGGCAUGAAAAACCCAGAGGAGAUCCCAUGGGGUGAGGCUGGAGCUGAAUUUGUUGUGGAGUCCACUGGAGUUUUUACCGAUAAGGACAAGGCUGCUGCCCAUUUGAAGGGAGGUGCAAAGAAGGUUGUCAUCUCUGCUCCAAGUGCAAAUGCUCCCAUGUUUGUCAUGGGUGUUAAUGAGAAGGAGUACAAAUCUGAUAUCACCAUUGUCUCUAAUGCUAGCUGCACGACUAAUUGUCUUGCUCCACUCGCAAAGGUUAUUCAUGACAAAUUUGGUAUUGUUGAAGGACUUAUGACCACUGUCCACUCCAUCACGGCAACCCAGAAGACUGUUGAUGGUCCAUCAAUGAAGGACUGGAGAGGUGGAAGAGCUGCUUCUUUCAACAUUAUUCCCAGCAGCACUGGAGCUGCCAAGGCUGUUGGAAAGGUUCUGCCUGCACUUAAUGGCAAACUUACAGGGAUGGCUUUCCGUGUUCCUACCGUUGACGUCUCGGUGGUUGACCUUACUGCCAGGCUUGAGAAGGGUGCGUCCUAUGAUGACAUCAAGGCUGCUAUCAAGGCCGAGUCGCAGGGAAGUUUGAAGGGAAUCCUAGGUUACACCGAGGAUGAUGUUGUGUCAACGGACUUUGUGGGUGACUGCAGAUCUAGCAUAUUCGAUGCCAAGGCUGGUAUCGCUCUGAACAACAACUUUGUGAAGCUUGUUUCUUGGUAUGACAACGAAUGGGGAUAUAGUAACCGUGUGGUUGAUUUGAUCCGUCAUAUGUCCAAGUCUUGAGCAGUUGAUGACAUGUUGGAUGCAAGGAUGAUUCAGCUCUCCAUCGUUGUUGAGGUGUUUUAGGAAUAAUCUGAGCUAUUCUAGUUUCGGCUUUUUUACGUC